UUUGUAUUUGGAAUUGUCACUAUUGCAGCAUAACGAGAUCACGAGGAUAUAAUGAGAUAUGCGGCGAUGGGAUGGGUUUAUCACUUUGUAAAUAACGAAAUGCAUACAGGAUGUAAAUGAAAGUUCGCGGUUGGGAAGGGUACACGCAAACCUACAGAACUAUUUGGAAAUCACGUGCUUUAGAAAUUCUGUUGGAGACUAAGGUGCGAAAGUGACUGACAUAAAAGUGGGGCAAAAAGAAGACCAAAUUUUUUUUUUCUGUCUUUCUCAGACAAGCCGAAAGAAUAAAACGACAACGCUUUACAUAUAUUUGUUUGUAGUCAGCUAUUAAACGUCAGAUAGCUAGGGUCAUUAGACGUUUUAUACGAGCCAUUUUUCUUAUCUUAAUGGCCAUUUUAAUGUUGUAAGGUCUAUAAAAGAAGCUUUAUUGCUACGAAGUAGGAAACUGAUUGCGGGAAAAGAUGAAGAAAUAUUACAUAAUACCGAAAUUACAUAUCGUUAAAUGAUUUUACGUUUUCUUCUAGAUGACAAUAUAAUAAUUUAAAUAAUUUGCUUUUAACCUUUUGAAUAAUGGAUUUGUAGAUUACGAAAUUUAUACAAGAUGUAGAUGAAAGUUCGCGGUUGGGAAGGGUACACGCAAACCUACAGAGCUAUUUGGAAAUCACAUGUUAUUGUUAAAUGAUUUUAUGUUUUCUUCUAGAUGACAAUAUAAUAAUUUAAAUAAUUUGUGUUUAACCUUUUGAAUAAAAUUAAAACCUUUAGUUUUACGCAAUAAAUUUUGUCUAUCCAUGAACAUUUAAGCUGAAAAAAAUGCAUUUCCGUAUAUUUGAAUGCGUACUACUUUUGGCUAAAGACAUUUCAUUGUAUUCUCCAUUGGUUAAGUGUAUGACCGAAAUUUUACGAUCUCAGCAAGACCACAAUGCCCUUAACUAACGUGCUAGGUGGUUGUAAUUUGGAAGUGGGAGGGCAUUGUUCAAUUAAGGCGAUAAAUUUACCCACGUACUAUUCAACACCUUUCUUAGCUAGGCGUUAUGGGAACGGCUUGAUAGAAUAGCUUUUUUCAGUAUUAUGUUAAUCAGGUAAUUUGAAAAUUUGAGGUGGUCAAAUAAGGACAAUGCUCAUCGGAAGAACAACGACGUUUUGACAAGAUAAAAACUUAACUAUUGUACAGCUGCCCGGUUUCACAUCAUAUCGAAGCUCGAAGCGCUAGUUGACGCAUCAGGCAGUAAAUAUAAUCGAUCAAACGUCGCUCAGUGACGAUUACUUUGAGCUAUAUAAUGGAAACGAUUUCAGUGAACAUUACGAGCGAAAAAAAUUUGAGUGUUCAGCCAGAAUCUUGCUAUUAUCUCGAUCGGUUUCAGAUCUUCCACGCUGGGCCACCGACCACUGAGUACAUCGUCAACUGUACGCUAAAUGCCAUCCUAGCAAUCGCAGCCAUUCUUGGGAACGGGAUGAUUCUUCACGCCAUUCGGAAAUCUGCGGCGCUUCGCCCUCCAUCAAGAGCACUGCUCUACAGUCUGGCUGCCUCUGAUUUUGGCGUUGGGCUUAUUGUUCAACCAUUUUACGUUCUGUACAAAACAGCAGAACUUAAGAACAAUCACCUGCUCUACUGUGUAGGAGGGAUUGGAUUUCAUUUGUCCGCAAACGUGUUCUCCGCCGUUUCUUUUCUGACCGUGACAGCCAUCGCCAUUGACCGAGUUCUUGCCCUUCUUCUUAGAGCCAAAUAUCAAGCAACAGUAUCGCUGAGGAGGGUAAUAAAAGUCUUAUUGACCAUCUGGGCGCUUACGGGUCUGUGGGUGUUCAACUGGAUUUGGAAUUUGGAAACUUACCAAGUGUUUAAUAUCACCGUGAUCAGUGUAUGUUUGUUGAUUUGUUCAGUGUCCUACGUAACACUCUGGGUAACUCUUUGCCAACUCCGAAAAAAGACAGUUUCAAGACGGAAUGGCGGGGAAAUUACACCAAAGGGGGAAAAUAACGUGGGUUCACGGACAUUGUUAGUAUACAAAAGAUCUGUCACCAAUAUGUUUUGCGUUUAUGCGUUAAUGCUUGUUUGCUAUGUGCCAUACUUGGCCAUGUUUUUUGUCAUACAAACUACAAAAGUAAAUUCAACUAAAAUCCUGGCACUGAGUUACACGAUGACCGUGUUAUUCGCGAAUUCUGCUUUUAACCCUUUCUUGUACUGUUGGCGCAUAAAAGAAAUUAGAAAUGAAGUACUUUUAACGCUCACUAAGUUUGCCUGUAAGAGUGAGUAAAAAUUGAUCAGUAAUGUCCUGUUGUUAUCAAUACCACGGGUGGAAAUUGAGAUGAAGCUUUUCAGGAAAUUGUUAAAUUGAAUUUCAAAACUGGAAACGAAUCACACAAAAAAAUUUGUUAUCUGUUAAUAACAUUGGUUUUCACUGAUAUUUGUUAUUGCUGACAAUGCCCGCGGGUAGUUGACUAAAUAUAUGUUCAUAACGAGAACGACAUAACGAGAACGACCACUGAAAUUUGCACACUGAUGCACAUUGAAAUUUGCAUUUCAAUGCAUUUUUUGUAUUUUUUAAUAGCAUGGUAAAAGGCACAGGGCUAGCGCUCUGAUGCGUUUUCGUAGCUGAUCCGCAACACUAUCACUGUUAUGAAAAGCUAUAUUGUAAACAGAAUUAAGACCGGUGAUAUACGAAGUGUUGUUUACUCAAAACCGAGGAAACGAAUUCGAAUUAUGUUACAAAUUUAGCAUCAGAAAUGCUUAAGAUCUAGAGGUUUGUGAUGAUGUUUGGGAAAUUGGGUACUUUCGCGAAGUAUCAUAUUUAUGACUUAUAUACAUAUAUGUAUUGGCUCUCAGUUUUAAGACCAUUUAUGACAGUUAGGCUGAGAAGAGCUGAGAAAAUAAUUUAUGUACCUUUUCUG